UUUUCUUGGCGUUUAUUAGGAACCCAGAUCCUCUAUAAGAGCAAAGUGUUAUCGCUGUGUUUAUACACCAUUGUUACAUGAAUUUAAACAUAAAAUUAUUAUUUAUAUUUUUAUUUUAUCGGGCUCGUGCUGCCUCUGGUUCGACAUCGAUGAGAUUUUGUCCCGUUAGCACAUUUAGCUUGAUUAGCGGUUAGCACGCCCAGGAUCAUGUCCUUUCAUCCUGGACGUGGAUGUCCACGAGGCCGCCCUCCCCCUCAGAAUUACUCCCCCGCCCCCCUGCGUUUGCCCCCUCCUCAACCUCUUGCACCCUCUGUGCCCCCUCCGUACCCCUAUGACCACUCAACACCUCACUGUUCUACCUACAGCCCACAGUGCACCAGCACCUACACACCCAACAUGGCACCUCGUCCUGAAUUCCCUCCCUACCCUGUCUCAGCUCCCCCGCAGGGUCCGCAGUGCCCCUUGCGCCCUCCUUUUCCUCCGCCUCCACUUCCUCUUCACCAGGGCUUCCCAGAACCCCCUAGUUUCCCUCCUCCUCAUUUAACUGUCCCUGGAGGCAUCCCUGCCCCUUCUCAGGGCUCAUAUCCUUACGUCCCACCUCCUCCUCCUCCUCCACCUGCGAUGCCUCCUUCUGUGCCCUUUCAGCCUCCCUACUCCAUGAAUUACCAUCCUCAGCCUCACCUACCCCCUUUACACCCUAAUUUCUACUCCUCCUCUGAAUCUGGUUCCUUCAAGCCUAUGGAACAUUUCCAUCACUUCAAGAGUGACAAGUCACCCGAUCGGACACGGCGUCACAAAAGCUACGGGUACAGCGGGUACGGUGGGCACGGAGAGCGGCGGGAGCGAGGGCGGAGUCCGGACAGGAGACGACAGGAAGGAGGGCGGUACCGAUCAGAGAACGAAAGGGCCCGGACCCCUCCGAGACACUGGAGCCGAGAGCGCAGCAGGGAGCGAUAUCGUCACCGGGACAGCAGGGGCUCUCCUGCACCUGACCGACACAGGAAACGACCUCGCAGCCGCUCAGGAAGCAGAGAGAGAAAACGUGGACGAAUGGAGGAGGACCGAGAGAGAGACAGAGACAGAGAUAGAGAGCGGGACAGGGAGAGGGAAAGGAGGGUGGAGACAGCUGGACGAGAAAGAAGCUACAAAGAGACCGAGGAUGAGGAUGAGGAAGAGAUUCUGAAGCCGGCAUGGAUCCGCUGCACUCACGCCGAGAACUAUUAUUCCAAUGACCCCAUGGACCAAGUGGGCGACUCAACAGUUGUGGGGACAAGUAAACUGAGGGACCUGUACGAGCGAUUUGAGGAGGAACUUGGACGACGCCAGGAACGCGCCAAAUCCUCUCGGCCAAAGUGGGAACCCCCCAAAACCAAGCUGGACCUGGACCAUGAUGAGAGCUCGAGUGACUCAGAGUGCGACUCAGAUGGGGACAGCAGUUGCUCCAGCAGCUCUGACUCUGAGGUGUUCGACGUGAUCGCCGAGAUCAAGCGAAAGAAAGCGCACCCCGACCGGCUGCAUGACGAGCUGUGGUACAACGACCCGGGACAGAUGAAUGAUGGCCCACUGUGUAAGUGUAGUGCUAAAGCCAGACGCACAGGAAUCCGGCACAGUAUUUACCCCGGGGAAGAGACGGUGAAAUUGUGUCGUCCAAUGAGCAACAAUGCCGGAAAACUCUUCCAUUACAGAAUCACCGUUUCUCCGCCCACCAACUUCCUGACGGAUCGGCCGACGGUGAUCGAGUAUGAUGAUCACGAGUACCUGUUUGAAGGAUUUUCUCUUUUCUCACACACUCCUCUCACUAAUAUCCCUCUGUGCAGAGUGAUCCGUUUCAACAUUGAUUACACCAUUCACUUCAUAGAAGAGAUGGCUCCUGAGAACUACUGUGUGAAAGGUCUGGAACUUUUCUCUUCAUACCUCUUCCAGGACAUCCUGGAGCUGUAUGACUGGAACCUCACAGGUCCAGAGGAAACAGAGAUUUCUGCCUGUCAGAGGUUUCACUUCAUGCCUCGCUUUGUGCGAUUCUUACCAGAUGGUGGUAAAGAGGUGUUGUCUAUGCACCAGGUUCUGUUAUAUCAGCUGCGUAGUAACAAGCCACUCGUUCCAGAGGAGGAGAUCGCCAACAUGCUACAGUGGGAGGAGCUUGAAUGGCAGAAAUAUGCAGAGGAGUGCAAAGGAAUGAUCGUUACUAACCCCGGCAUGAAACCCAGCUCGGUGAGGAUAGACCAGUUGGAUCGAGAACAGUUUAACCCAAACGUCAUCACGUUCCCAAUCAUCGUCCAUUUCGGAAUCCGUCCGGCUCAACUCAGCUACGCCGGAGACCCUCAAUACCAGAAACUGUGGAAAAGCUACGUGAAGCUACGCCACCUGUUGGCUAACAGCCCCAAAGUGAAGCAGAUCGACAAACAGAAGCUCACACAGAGAGAGGAAGCUCUACAAAAGAUCAGGCAGAAGAACACAAUGAGGAGGGAAGUGACAGUGGAACUCAGCAGCCAAGGCUUUUGGAAAACCGGGAUACGAUCCGACGUCUGUCAGCACGCAAUGAUGCUCCCGGUUCUGACCCACCACAUUCGGUACCACCAGUGUCUGAUGCACCUAGAUAAGCUGAUCGGUUACAGGUUUAAGGAGCGAUGUCUUCUGCAGCUGGCCAUGACUCACCCCAGUCAUCACCUGAACUUCGGGAUGAACCCUGAUCACGCUCGUAACUCUCUGUCCAACUGCGGCAUCCGUCAGCCCAAAUACGGCGACCGAAAAGUCCACCACAUGUACAUGAGGAAAAAAGGAAUUAACACUUUAAUUAACAUCAUGUCCCGGCUGGGUCAGGACGACCCCACACCUUCCAGGAUUAAUCAUAAUGAGCGUCUGGAGUUUCUCGGUGAUGCUGUUGUUGAAUUUCUAACCAGCGUUCACCUCUACUACCUGUUCCCCAGUCUGGAGGAAGGAGGAUUAGCUACAUAUCGCACUGCCAUUGUUCAGAAUCAGCACCUCGCCAUGCUGGCUAAGAAACUGGAGCUGGAUCGCUUCAUGCUGUACGCUCACGGCCCGGAUCUUUGCCGAGAGUCUGACCUCAGACACGCCAUGGCUAACUGCUUUGAGGCUCUUAUAGGUGCUGUAUAUCUGGAAGGUGGCUUAGAAGAGGCCAAGCAGCUGUUUGGCCGACUGCUGUUCAACAGUGAGAACCUGAGGGAGGUGUGGCUCAACUACCCACCUCAUCCGCUACAGGUGCAGGAGCCGGUGACGGACAGGCAGCUCAUCGAGUCGUCUCCCGUCCUACAGAAGCUGACGGACUUUGAGACGGCCAUCGGCGUUUUCUUCACACACGUCCGCUUGCUCGCUCGAGCCUUCACACUGCGUACCGUAGGCUUCAACCAUCUCACGCUAGGUCAUAAUCAGAGGAUGGAGUUUUUAGGAGAUUCCAUCAUGCAGCUCGUAGCCACAGAGUAUCUGUUCAUUCAUUUCCCUGACCACCAUGAAGGCCAUCUGACGCUCCUGCGCAGCUCAUUGGUGAAUAACAGAACGCAGGCGAAAGUGGCAGAGGAGUUGGGGAUGCAGGAGUACGCAAUAACAAACGACAAGACCAAACGACCUGUUGCUCUGCGCACAAAAACACUUGCUGACCUGCUGGAGUCUUUCAUUGCAGCACUUUACAUAGACAAAGACCUUGAAUAUGUUCACACAUUCAUGAACGUCUGCUUCUUCCCGAGAUUAAAGGAGUUUAUCCUGAAUCAGGACUGGAAUGAUCCGAAGUCUCAGCUCCAGCAGUGCUGCCUCACCCUGCGCACCGAGGGCAAGGAGCCCGAUAUCCCGCUCUACAAGACAUUGCAGACAGUCGGCCCGUCUCACGCUCGCACCUACACCGUGGCUGUGUAUUUUAAAGGAGAGAGAAUCGGCUGUGGGAAAGGGCCAAGUAUACAACAGGCUGAGAUGGGAGCCGCCAUGGACGCUCUGGAGAAAUAUAACUUCCCUCAGAUGGCCCAUCAGAAGCGCUUCAUCGAGCGGAAGUACCGCCAGGAGCUGAAGGAGAUGAGGAGAGAGAGAGAGAGACAGGAGCGAGAUUGCGACGACACAGAGGACACUCGCAAAUAAGGAAGGGAAAGAGAACACAAUAACAGACAGAGUUCUGACCGGCCUUCCCAGAAAACACACACACACUCUGUAUAAUGAUCACCACUGCUCCUGCAUUAGGACGUGCCCUCAGUGACCCCUUGAGAGCGUGCAUCUGAGGAGCACAAAGGGAAGCAAUGCACUUAGGUUCAGCGACAAGCUAAAGACAGAAUGCCGGAGGUAUUUCUGGGUAAAUGUGUUUCUGCAUCUACAGAUACAUGGACAGGUGGUGAUGAUGGAAACGCAGCGAAAUAGUGAACAAAGUAGAUUUGGUUGAAUUAGACGUCAUUCUUUGUUUUUUACCUUGAUUUUAAAUAAAAUACUUUGCUUUUAAUAAACUAAUACAUCAUUUGUAUGAAACACAUAUUAUAAAUAAACUCGUUGAAUGUAUCAUUUGUUUUUUUUCACCUUCUAUCUGUUCCGUAAUGCAGGGCUCUCAAGUGUCACGCAUUGAGAUUGACAGUGACGCAUUUCGGUCUUUUGUCACGCUCUCCCAAUACACAUCGUAUUUCUCAUGCAGAAAAAUGUUUUGACUAUUUAUCAUAUUUAAUAUGCCGCAGCGCUCAAAAUGUAUCUGUCCGCACCGCUGUCUCUAUGGAACAGGGCAGGAAUUAAGCGCGUCUCCCCUGGAGCUCUUAGUCGAGCCUGACACUUAUCAGCCAAUCAAAAAAAAGAGGCUACACAAUAGCCAAUCAGAAAAUAGCACUAUCUGGGUAAGAUUUAACGUAAGAACCAAUAAAAAAAAUAUUCAUUAGCGAGGGUAUUUUCGAUGGUCGGUUUGAACAAAACCUCAAAACGAAACAGCUUGUCUCUGAACUGGACAUUGUCCUCAAUCAUGACCCUAAAAAUGGCUGUGCUUGAGUCGAACUGUUUUAAAUGGGAGCAACAUUACAAAUGAUAAAGGGGUUCAAAAAGGCAACAAACACUUACAAUAAACAACACCAGUCACAAUCUCUCUCUCUCACACACACACAACCACACAAACACACACAAACUAAUAAAUGGAAAUUAAAAAUACUUUGUAUUUGGUUAAAUUGCGGUCAGUGAUCCUUUUUUUAUUGGGGGGUUGGAGAUGUCACGCUUGCCUUUUUUCAAAACUUGAGAGCCCUGGUAAUGUAAUAAACUGUAUUUAGUCUCA